UUAAUUCUCACUCCCCCUCAACAUCUGUCCAGCGUUCUUCAGAACCCAGAUAUCCGUUCGACUGCGCAGUACUUCUUAGCUUUAUUCAUCCUCGCUCAGCAUCCCAGAAUCUCCAGUCUUCAUCUUCACAAUGGCUCCCCACAACAUCCGGUGGGGUAUCAUGGCUACGGGGUGGAUCGCUGAUGUCUUCACCCGUGACCUCCUUAGAGACCCCAACGUCCGCAACGUCACCGACGUCUCUCACACCGUCGUGGCCGUAGCAUCCUCCUCCAACGCCGCACGAGCAGAGAAAUUCAUCUCAGACACCGGUAUCCCAUCCCCCUGUGCCGCCUAUGGCUCCUAUGAAGAUCUUGUAGCCGACGCCAACGUCGAUGUCGUUUACGUCGCAACUCCGCACUCCCACCACUUCCAGAAUGUCAUGCUGGCUCUUAACGCCGGAAAACAUGUCCUCUGUGAGAAGGCCUUCACCGUCAAUGCUGCUCAGGCCAAGAUCCUAUGCGAGACCGCUCAGAAGAAGAAUCUCUUCCUCAUGGAAGCUGUCUGGACUCGCUACUUCCCUCUCAGUAUCCAGAUCAGAGAUUUGAUCAAGCAGGGCGCUAUCGGCGAGGUUUUGCGGGUCAUCUCUGAUAACAGUUUCGGAGACCCGGUUGAGGAGAGAUGGGGCACGGAGCAUCGUAUGGUUAAUAAGGAUUUGGCGGGUGGUUGUCUGUUGGAUUUGGGAAUCUACUCCCUAACCUGGGUCUUCCAGACCCUUUAUCACACCCUCCCCCGGGACCAACGUAAACCUCCCUCUGCCAUCUCCGCCCAUAUGACACUUUACCAUCUAACGGGCGCCGACGAGGCCACUACCAUCCUCUUGAGCUUCCCGACCAGCACUCCCUCCAACCUACCUCAUCCGGGCCAGUCGCAGGCCGUGGCCAUGACGCAUCUCCGCGUCUCUACUGACCCCGAUGAGGCAAACACCGCCCGUCCGGCCAUCCGGAUCCAGGGUACGAAGGGUGAGAUCCAGGUGGAUGGGCCGGCGUUCCGGCCUGAGCGAUACCGUAUUAUCCCCGCCAAGGGAGAGGGUGAGGUUAAGGAGGUUGAGUGUCCGUUCCCUGGCGGUGGGAAGGGUAUGUUCUGGGAGGCGGAUGAGGUGGCGCGGUGCCUGAGGGAUGGAAAGCUGGAGAGCGAGACUCUGCCGUGGGAGGAGAGUAUCGUGAUUAUGGAGGUGAUGGAUGAGGUUAGACGGCAGGGAGGGUUGACUUAUCCGGAGAAGAUCGAGUCGACUGUGUAUCCUACGCAGCUGUAGAUCCAUUAUAGUCCUGUAAAUCGAAUGAUGUGAUUUGGUGUUUCAUGUUUUGUUGAUAUGAGGUUUGUUGAGGGUAAAUAUCGUUGGCUU